UUAACGACUUGAAAGUCGACCGAAAACCCCAUUAGGUUUAGUGUGCCUAUAUUUGUAUAUUGGAAAUUCGGCGAUUGACUAGGUUAUAAUUGACGGUGGUUAAUGUGCCAAUGCCGUCAACGAUUCGUUUAAAAGCCUACAGCCAUUGUUCUUGGGGCAUCACUUUCAGAGUUGUAAAAUUGUCAUACACUCGUGUCCGCAGUAUACGUAGUAUAGCAAGUACAUCGUUACUGCCAUCUCGAAGAAAACUGCGUCAAAAAUGUCUCUUAAGUUCACCGUACUGAAAACCGCACUGUUCGCCGUAUUGUUGGCCAGCAACACGAUGGCCCGUCCGGACGCGCCGCUUCCCAGCGCAACGUUGUCGUCUGCGGCGGCCGUCAGCAAAAUCCAAGAGACGCUAAACGAAUCGCUGUCGCUGGCCCGCGCCAAGAAUGACCACGCGGGCGGCAAUAGACUGUCCAUCGCGCACCUGUUACUGAUCAUCGGCAAAGUGCUGGCGCCCAUAGUGGGCGCCAUCGUCGAGCCGCUGCUCGUCAACAUCGCCAAGGGGAUCACGUGGGCCAUCACGUAUUCGCUGGCCACAGGAUUCGCCAAGCCACUCAGCUACGAACACUUUGUCCCGGUGUUGGGACACGAACACGAUUUGAAGAAACCCGUGGCGUACUCGUCCGUUAAAGAACUGCCACAACUCGACGUCUUGGCCCUGACCAACGCACUGGUCGAAGGCGUCGAAGAUUCGGAACGAGAGCCAACUGUGGAGAACGCGGAAAGAAAAUUAACGGGCCUGCUAAUGGGAUCGACAGCUAUGAACUUCAAAUAAAUGUAUUUGGUUAUUUGUUAUUGGAGGCAGUGACGACUAUUCCUAACAUAAUUUACCGGACAAUUAUCUUAAAAUAGUACAUUUCACAAAGUCUCUUAAGGUCAAGUCGAACGUGCCAAGUUAACCAACUUAACAUUUUCAAUGGAAUACACAAUUCGAGAUCAAUAAUAUUUACAACAAAAUAAAACAUUUAGGUAAGUUUUUUAAAUUAAUAAAUGUAGAUGCAUAAUUUAAUAAA